UUAUCGCCUUCAAAAUAAUCUCUUCGACUAAUACAAGCAUGCCAACGCUUAGUCUAGGGAUCUAACUUGGCUUUACUUUCUUACUAUAACAAUUAUAAAACUAUAAGCAGCUGAAACUGGGCGAAAUUGGAAAAAUGCAAACAGGUUAUUGCUCUUUUCAAAGUUUAGAUUAAAUGUAAGACUAGGUGAGCAACAUAAGUAUACGGAAGAACAUAUAAUUAAUCUGAAUAAGUGAACCAACUUCGUGUAGGAGAUAGACAACUGGCGAGAUAACAUAAGAAGGAGAGGAAGAAUGUAAGAAAUCUCAGUCGCAUAUCGGAAUUAAACAUAUACACAAAUACAAAUGUGUAUUGAACGUUUGGAAUUAUCAGCGGCUUAUAAUGAUGAUUGGACAAUGAUUUGCGGCUUAUCAACAUAUUAUCUGCGCACACGAGAGUUGCACAUACAUAUGGAGAUGUAUGUCAUAUGUAUGUACAUAUGUACAUAUGUAUGUGAGUAUUUAUUUUUGAACAGCAAAAUGUUGUGAAGCCAAAGUCUAGUGUUUAGUCUCAGUUUACUAACGCAACGCAAAAGUCUAAAUUUUCAACUGCAAAAAAUGAUACAAAUUAAACACAGUCGCAGUGGCAAAACGCUGAAAAUCAAUACAUUUUGGCUACGUGAUCACUGUCGGUGCAGCGAUUGCUACAACACGGAGACAAAGCAACGCAAAUACAAUCUGCUGGACAUACCGAAUACCGUGAAACCGACUAAGGCUGAAUACAUCAAGGAUGGACUGCAAUAUAAAGUGCACUGGAGUGAUGGCCAUACAUCCGUUUAUGACAUCGAUUUCCUGCAUGACGCGCAAGUUGAACAUAUCGUGGCGCGUGGCGCUGACUCCACUGUACGCGUAGCCUGGAAUCAGCCGUUUAUUGUCGCGCACGAAGAGCACUUGCGCACCACACUCGCCGAACUGGUGAGCUCGGAAACGGCGGUGCGUAAAAUUGUGCAAAGUCUGAUACGUUACGGCAUCGCUUUCAUUGAUGGCGUACCGCCGAACACCACAAUGACCGAAAUGGCGGUGCGUCGCAUCUUUCCGCCGAUGAAAACAUUUUUCGGCGAAAUGUACACAUUCUCCGAUGCACAGGAUCACGCUGAUACCGCCUACACCAAACAAUAUCUCGGUCUACAUACGGACAACACGUAUUUCUGCGAUGCUGCGGGCCUGCAAUCGUUGCAUUGCAUACAACAUGCUAACGGUACAGGUGGUGAGAAUUUCUUCGCGGAUGGUUUGCAUGUAGCGCGCGAAUUGAAGCAUCGCAAUCCGCGCGCCUUUGAGAUACUCACGCGUGUAGCCGUGCCGGCGGAGUAUAUUGAGGAUGGACAAUAUCAUAAACAUUCCGCACCGAUUAUACGCGUGGAUCCGGUGAGUGGUGAAAUAGUGCAGCUACGUUUAAAUGUAUACGAUCGCGCACAAUUCGAUAGCAUACCACAAGAGCAAAUGCAAGAUUUCUACGAUAGUUUCCGCGAUUUUUUGGAAAUUGUGCAACGCAUCGAGAAUCAGUGGAGUUUCAAAUUACAUCCUGGUACUGUGUUGAUUUUCGAUAACUGGCGUGUGUUUCACGGUCGACACGCGUACACGGGUCAACGCACCAUGACCGGUUGUUAUGUACAGCGGACGGACUUUUUGAGCAAGGCGCGCGUACUGGGCAUCAUCGAUUGAGUGGUAAUAUUGAAAUAAUGCUAAAGAUAUUUACAUACAUAUGCAAUGUGAAAGUUUGUGUGGUGAAUAAUGAAAUGUAUUGAAAUUUUUUACUUGGAA